AUGUGUAAAAGAAACUUUAUCGGUUACGACCGUAGUUUCGCCUUACUUAAGAACGUCCGUGUUGAUCCGAAAUUUGGGCAUGGCAGAAAAGGUGGAGAAAACAUAUCUUAUGUAAUAAAUCAGACAGAAGAUCUGGAAUAUUAUACUUUAGAAAAGGGUUACUUCAAGCUUCGCUGUCAGGAAGGUAAACCAUACCAUUUCAAACAGACGAGCCAUUUAAAUGACUGGUUUAAUGCACUAGAAUUUUAUAAUCAGUCCACCAAAAUGAUAUCUACUCAACAACGGUUUGAUAAGACAGCAAUCACAAUAAAGCGGUUUGAAUACGCAAAUCUAUAUCACACAAUGACGGACUUUUACAACGCAUUUCUGGUCGCCAAGGUUCUCAGGCUAGUACCUGAUCACGUGAUCAUAUUAAUAGUUGACGGUCACCCAGCAGGAGCGCUGGACGACACGUGGUCUCGGCUCUUCGGUGGCAUAAUACGUGCAGGUGAGAUAACUGACGCAGUAACAUUCCCACGUAUGGUCUGGUCCACCAUUGGCUACGACAGCAUGCUCAACAGCCACCAUCUACAUCAAGUGCCAUUUCUGGAGGAAUUUAGAAGCUUCUUUCUCUCAAGACACUCUGUACAUUUCAAUGACGCACUCGAUUGUGAUAAUCUGACGGUAGUACUCCUUUUACGAAAAGACUAUUUAGCUCAUCCUAGAAACCCAUCAGGAUCAGUAAGCAGAAAAAUAGCAAAUAAUGAAGAAUUGGUACAAAAACUUAAGGAGUUAUUGCCUCGCCAUAAUGUUCUAAGUUCUCAAAUUGAUCUUCUCUCCAUGAAAGACCAGUUGCGUUUAAUAUCUAGGACGGACAUACUGAUUGGCAUGCAUGGUGCCGGCCUAACCCACACAUUGUUUCUACCUAAACAUGCCGGCUUGGUCGAGUUAUACCCUAAGUACUGGCCCACUGCAAAUGUACAUUUCCAAGCCAUGGCACGCUGGAGAAACCUCAAAUACUUGCGAUGGCAAAAUGCUGAUCCGUCUAAUGAACUUUCAAAUAAAUAUACGGUCAUUAAUACAACUGAUGUUGUGGAAAUGUUGAAAAAUAUCCAUAGUUUAAUGUGCAACUGA